UUUAGUUUUACUCUGCCACCCUUGAGAGCAACAAGUUCGACGUGCCUCCAUCCUUUGUUCUCAUGCUUUUUGCCCUUUUCAUAUUAAAAUUGGUCUGCAAUAGUAAACAAAUAUUUCAAACUUUAUAGGUGUCUAUGAAAUUUAAGAAUUUUAUAAGGAUACGUGUAGAUUAUAAUUUCAACUUUUGUUCGUUUUAAUCAUAUUUCCAUUGGUAUAAACAAUACACAAGUUAUGCAACACCACUGAUUUGAAAUACACUAUGUUUUGAGUUUUUUAUUAAAAAUCAAUUAAGACAACAUAAAAAAUAUUUACUAGCAUUCUAUUUCUAUACAAGUGUUGUUUGACAGCUUUUGUGGUGGUAACACAAUUCAAAAGUUAACUAACGUUCGGCUGUGUUACAGAAGCGGUCUUGAUUGAAAAUUUACGGUUUAAAGCUGGAAAGUGAUAAAUGAUAUUUUUAAUGAUUGGUGACCUUUGUAAAUAAGCAUUCUCACAUUAGAACCAUUCUCAAUCAGACAACACUGAAAGGACAAAUUCAAAAUCAUGCUGAAGGACGAUUUGUGACAAGGAGUUCAAGCUGUCAUUACACUACUAUGCAAUGUACAUCAGAGAGCACCAAAAAGAUUAAAGUUGGGUUGUGUUCUCCUACGUGGAUGCUAAUACUGUUUUAAAAAGUGAAACAGCUAAAACCGGUGCAAUUUGCAAAUUGCUAAAGUCAAGGGUUGGCAAGACGGAAGGAACGGAAGACUACCCGUUCGUCCAUGGGAAGAUUGAUAAUCUAGGAAUCAAGAUAAAUUAAGGAAGAGCAGACGAGACCGGUUUUAUACGCAUCCAUCUCCUUCAAAAACUUUAGAACUACCGUUUCAUGUUGCAAAACAUAUUAGACGAGAAACAUUAGUAGUGCCGUUUCAUGAAAGGAGUGAGUAGUGGAUGGUUACUCAAUCCAUUUAUUAUUACUGCCACGAACGAACCGUUUAGAAUCGACUACUUACUUUCUUCGCAACCCAUUCACUACAUUUUACGUGGAUAACCCUGAACGAAAGGAAAAAUGAAGUGUUUCGGGCAGAAAAUCAGGAAUUACCACUGCAAGGUAAUUCUACUUGAUCAGCAGGAACUGGUGCUUGUUGCACAGAGCACAUCAAAUGGACAGGAGCUGUUGGACAAUACAUUUAAGCACUUGAAUCUUAUUGAGACGGCGUACUUCGGCUUACGAUUUAUCGAUAAUACAGGACAAACGAACUGGCUAGAUCCGGGGAAGAAAAUAAUCAAGCAACUUGAAGAUACCGAACCCUACACAUUUUAUUUUGGGGUCAAAUUUUACGCUGCAGAUCCAUGCAAACUACUGGAAGAAAUUACUCGGUACCAAUUCUAUCUUCAAAUAAAAUCCGACGUUCUCCAAGGAAGAUUGCCGGUACCAUUUGAUCUUGCAGCCGAGUUGUGCGCCUAUGCCGUUCAAUCUGAACUUGGUGACUAUGAUCCAAGACGUCAUUGUACCGGUUAUAUUUCUGAGUUCCGUUUUGUGUCCAACCAGUCUCCUGAUCUUGAAGCCUCCAUAACUGAACUACACAAGAGUUUUGGAGGUCAGGUACCUGCCGUUGCAGAGAUUAAUUACUUGGAAAAAGUCAAAUGGCUUGAGAUGUAUGGUGUCGACCUGCACAUCGUGAUGGGUGGAGACCAACAUGAUCAUCUGGAUUGGAUUGGACUAACCCCGUCUGGGAUCAUUGUUCUCCGCAAUAAAACUAAAGUCGGAAAUUAUUUCUGGCCGAGAAUUUCAAAGCUGAACAACAAAGGGAAAUAUUUUAUGAUCAGAGUCCGGAACAAGAGCAAUGAGGAACAAACUUACGGUUUUGAAACACCGUCUGCCAGGGCUUGUAAGCACCUUUGGAAAUGUGCAGUCGAACAUCAUGCAUUCUUCCGUCUUGUUCAAGUUGCCCCCACAUCGCUGAAUUCUGGAAACAAGAUAAAUUCCCUAAAUUCUCGAUUUCGGGACAGUGGCCGCAGUGAAUCUUCCGUGCGACGCCGGGCACAACCACAGUUCGUACGAACCCCAAGUCGAAGAUAUACAAGGCGUGCGGUUGAAGGCAGUCAUGAUGUUGCAGGGUCAGAAAACAGGGAAGACGCUGUGGUGGAUGUACAACAUUCUAAUGGGAUUAAUAAAACAAUAUCCGUUCCUCAGCCCGUUUCCACCACAAGCCCGUUAUACAGAACCAAUUCCAUGGCUCAAAUGACAAGAGCGGAUUCGCCAAGAAGCGUGAGAAGCGCACCCUGGCCUGCCCCCCACACUACGACAACAAAAUCCGCAUAUUCAGUCCCAAGUCCAAGAUCUGUUAGGUCGGCCGGAGUUGGGGGAAACAUGCAUGGGGAUCGGGAAAGGGAACGUCAGCGAGAAUAUUCAAAAGACAGAAAGCGAUCGGCUAGUGCGGAAAGUAAUAGUUCAGUGGAUUCAAGGUCUCAUCGUCGACAUAGACAUAGCCGAAGUCGAAAAAAUUCAGACAAUGAAAGUGAGAUUUCGCGUUCUUCUCAUCACAGCAAGCGAAGACACAAGAGUUCUUCUCGAAAAGAAAAUUCUGGUUCCGAAUCCGAAAAUUGUCAUCGACAUAAACACAGACAUCGACAUCGACACAGCAGUGGAAAGUAUGAACUGGUAAAUUCGGAAGUUCAAUGGAAGGAAGCCCAAAAGAAACAAGCCGCAGUUGGGGCUGCUGUACAACAAGCGGCCGUUGUUUGUGCAGCAAAGACUACGGCCACAUCCAGCGUUGCGACCACAAGGAAGUCUGGGUACGCAAACAGUGGAUUGGAAACGGAGUCCGAGAUGUCGUAUUCAAAUAAACGACGACAUAGGAGGCACAGGUCAAAGUCGCCUAAAGAAAGACUCCCAGACGAACUAAAGAAGCACAUUGAUUUCCACUUAAUUGACCCAGUUGGAAUGCCGGAAGAUAUUCCAUACGUCAAAGUUGAAACUAAUAAUAGUGCCCUAAAAACCAGUAAAAUUCGCUACAACAGUAUAAAAAGUAACCGUUCUCAUACUUUGAGACAAAACACGGCUGAAAACUCGGCCUCGAUGUCAAAAUCUGAGCUACCGAGCGCUGCUGGCGAUAGUCCACCUCCCCCGUACACACCUCCAACGUCCUCAAAUAGUCAGGGAAUCGAUUCUCUAAGCGUCUCAGACUCAGUGAACCCGAUUUCUUCAACUUCUUCAGCUUCUACCAAAUCGCCUGCAUUCAAAUCGAGCUUUAAUGGACGACAACAACUGACUCCAGCUUCACCAAAAACUUAUUCCAACCAAGGUUUCGUAGUCCCUCCGCCUCCAAGUAAAGUGGUGGCCCAAAACAUGACGAAAGCUUCAAUCAAUAAGGGGUUUGAUGACUUAAAUUCUGCCAAGUUAGGCACUGCAGGCCGUCAAAGAAAUCCCAUAAUGUUGUUCAACUGCGAUGAAGCCAAUGACAUACAUCAUCCAUCGCCCUCAGAGUCGCCCGACAGCCAGAAAGUGGAUUCUCAAAACAGCGACUCUGGUCUUGGAACAGAUCAUCACGAGUACUACAAAAGCGAGACAUUCAGCAGUUUGGGGUAUACUUUGCCACGACGUGGUUCAAAGGACCAAACAGAUUCUCAAAAUAAUGUCGGAAAUACAUCUCAUCCAAGUCAGCCGGCUAGAUAUUGGAACGGACAUGAGAUGCAACAAAACUGGUUAUUGGGUCCGCCAACGAAUUUUACUCAUAUGACAAACCACCACGCUCUUCCCGACCGAAGGACAAUGACACUGGAUAGGCGUCCAAGGAAGCCAGUUGACCCAAAGAUUCACCAGUUUAUUCCGAUCGAGAAAUUUAAGCAAGUCAUCCAAAUCCCUCCCAUGCCCAUCCCCGUCGAAACCCCCUCCAACUCGUCCGCUGUAACACGAAAUGGUGGAGGACGAGGUGACUUUUGUACGGUAAAUGUCCCCCCAUCGUCAUCCGGAAGGCACGUCAGCAGCAGCGGUGAGGCAGCAACGCAACAGCGAGGGACGACGCACAGUAGAUCGUCUAGUCUUGAAAUGAUUUUAACGCCCUUGGUCACUAGCACACGCACGCGUCUCUAGCACAAAACUACUGCACAUAAUAUGUUAAACAUGGAUCAUCAUCCCCAGAACUACCACAGAAAGUUGUUAAAAAGCAGACCAUGUCAACAACUGCACAUGAAAUCAGUACCGAAUUAUAGUUACUUACUAAAAAUAUAUAACAUUAUAAACUAGAGGAAAUGAGUAUUAUUAAUAAAUUUUGUAUUCAUACACAUGUUUCAUUAUACUGUAUGCAUAUUUUUAUGCAUUAAACUAGAAUUUAUAUCAAUUGAAUAAAUAAACAAACAUA